AUGGCAGUUCAGAAGAGAAAACGAGGAGGAGAAGGACAAAAAGAGGCUCAAGAACAAGGAACCGAUCCGAAAAGUAAACAGUCCGAUGUUAAACCAAAUCGGACCGAGGGUUCCAAGAGAAUGAAGAGCAACUUGCGCAUUGAUAUG